ACAGUAGUGAAGUGACAUUGACAAUCUAGACAAUCUGACAUGUAUCAAUUUAGACAACUAUAAAUAUUGAUAUCGCCAUAUUCCUUAUCAAUAAACUCAAUACAACUUAAUUCGGCCUUAUAUUCAAAUUUACAAUUUGCACUUGUGACUAUUUAUAUUUUUAUAAUUCAUAUUAUCGCAUAUUUCAUAUAUUCAUACAAUCAUAAAAAGCGCAAGGUUCAGGAUGAUCAACACUGAUGCACAGAGAUUAUUCAAAAGUGAAAUUCAAAGAUUUUUCUAUAUAUAAUAUAUAUCAGUUAACCAUUUAAACUGUGAUGAUAAUGACGCCUUUGAAUGAAAUAGAUUCUCACUUUGUGAAAUGUGUAGGCUAUCUGCAUGGAAGCUCCACACUUCGAAGGGGAGAUCCUGUUCCACUGCAAUAUGUUUUGGAAGAGGCCAUAAAAAACAAGUAUGGAAUUGUCAAAGACUAUACAGACUUAGUACAAUCUUGUUUGAAGCCAAGAGAAGAAAAGUAUACAACUAUAACUCAUUAUGAAGAAAGCAAGGGUUCCAAUUCUGAUAAUGAAUUAGAACUUGAUCUGCUUAAGGAAGAUCUGAUGUGUGUUAUUUGCAAUGGAAUGGAUGUUGGUGCAAGAAAUAGGCUCAUAGAAUGUACAGACUGUCAUUCUCUGUACCACCAAGAAUGCCAUAAACCUAUGGUUACAGAAGAUGUCUUUGAGAAUUGGGCUUGUUUCAACUGUAAAGAGGCUAGCAAAAAAUUGAGAAUAGCAAGUAGUGGAUCUUCAUCCAUGGUGAGCAGUUCUAGUAGUAAAUCAAGUUCUCAUCGCCAUUCAAGCAGUUCUUCAGGAAGUUCUUACAAAUCCUCAAGUUAUUCUAGGGUUGCUGAGAUAUAAAAUUUGGUAUUGUCCAAAAAUUAUUAUGGAAGUGUAUAAAGGUCUAGAACUCACAGAAUCCAUACCUGCCACAUCACAACACAACUCUUCUGGAAGAACCACUGAUCUAGCAAAUUAUUUUAUGGUGACAUCAAUUUGGGUUCUACAUCCACUUCCUUAUUUUCUCUGCACUGAUGUUUCUUUUCUACCAAACACUCUUGCUAAUACUGGAAUAAAUAGGACAUUACUGAGGGUGGAAACAUGUACAUAUUUAUUAAUUCAUAUUUUGAAUAUUUGCAAAUUUUGUUUUUGUAUUCAAUGACAUAAAAGUAGAUAUAGUAGCUCUAUUACAAAAUUAUUAUUUGUAUA